CUGGACCGACGUCUGCGACAGCCUGUCAGACUGGGGAGUAAUGCACACCCUCCCCAGAGCUCAUCGUCGGCUCGGGUCGAAGAGCGGAGCUGCAAAAGGCGGCAGCAGAUGGGACAACAUGGAAAGGCGGUCACAGUGUACCACACGCAGAGAGGCUGUGGCCCCGCGGACCUGCUCGAGUGGUGGCCUGGAAGACGGACACACAGUGGGAGCUACCAAUACCUUUGUCAGGACAUCACACCAACACCCAAUACAGUCAUGGAGCAUGCUGGCA